AUGGGAACUGCCGUGUCCAAAAGGAAGAAUUUAAGAAACGAUGCGAUAUCUUCUGUGGCAGCAAAAGUUAGAGCAGCGAGAGCAUUUGGAGAGUACCUGUCCCACACACACCCUGAAAACCGAAACGGAUCAGCCCAUCUUCUGUGUGACACCUUGGUGGGUCCCGACCCAGAGUCGCCAAGUGACAAGAUUAGCCCCAACAACAACAACCACCUCCAUCCCACCUCCAACACCACCAAGGGCUGCGAGAACAACCAAGAUCCCAGCCCUUUGAAGCCCCCGCUGGGCUUACUUCAGCCACCUCCCCCCUCCAUCACCAUCUCUACCAGACCAGCUCGUCUUUCUCUCGAGCGCAGCUUCUCAGCCGAGGAGGACCAGCAAAAGAGUGUUGAGUGCACCCUGCAGCCGGCCCGCGUCUACACCAUCACCACCCAGCGAGGUAUGCUGAUGAGUAGCGGUCGGGGCAGCAAGGAGAGCUUAGAACUGGACGUCCUGAAGGAAAAGUCGGGAAGUGGCAGGCUGGGAUCCAAAGGUGGCUUGGUCCAGCCCUCCACUUCCCCUUCCUCCACCUCAUCAUCCCCAACCCAAUACCACCAUGGUGGCGGCAGCCGAGGCACCAGCAGCAGCAGUGAGAGUCACCGUCAUGGCAACCACCAUGGGAACCACCACCAUCAUGGUGGCAUACCGGGCAACAACACACCCUCCAGCAGUGGAGGGGCAAGUGGAAGCAGCAGUAGCAACCAGCAGCAACAGCAAUCUUUAAAUAUCGUUGGAUCCCACCACCAUGUAUCGCACCAUCACCACCAUCACCUGUCUCAACCCCCGCUGCAGACCUCCGUCAGCGCUCACAACAUCCGCAGCUGGGGCGAAGGUGGAAAAGGGGAGGCGGAGUGCAGCGGGCUGGCCUGUGACUCAUGCGGUGGUGCCCCCUCAAGAAGCCAAGGCUCCCUGGAUCUGGAGAGUGCGUCCCGAGAGGCAGGCAAGCAGCACCGACGCCUAGAGAGGAUGUGGAGUGUGGACCGGAUGACUGGGCUGGAGAGAGAGGACACAAACUGGUUCCCCAAGGAAAACAUGUUCAGCUUUCAAACUGCCACGACAACCAUGCAGGCGUGAGUGGCUUUCCGGGGAUUUGUGCAGAGAAAGAGGAGAGAGAGGGAGCAGGAUUCAGCAGAAGUCAUCCAGAGGAACUUCCGGAAGCAUCUUCGGAUGGUGGGCAGCAGAAGGAUUAAAGCACAGACAUUCGCUGAGCGUAGAUCGAAGAGUUUCAGCCGUUCCUGGAGUGACCCCACCCCUGUCAAGACUGACUCUCCCAAUGAGCCCAAAGACAGUGGAGAAUUGCAGGCCUCGUGUGGUACCCUGGAUGAGGGAGGCGUUGAUGACAAUGUCGACUGGGAAGAGGAGAGGGAGAUGGAGCGGCUGGCCUGUGAAGGAGAUGACUUUGUGCCUCCAAAAAUUAUGCUGAUCUCUUCUAAGGUGCCCAAGGCGGAGUACGUUCCCACAAUAAUCCGCAGGGAUGACCCAUCCAUCAUCCCCAUCCUUUAUGACCAUGAACAUGCAACUUUUGAUGAUAUUUUGGAGGAAAUAGAGAAGAAGCUCACAGCUUACCGGAGAGGGAGCAAGUUCUGGAGGAUGCUAAUUUUUUGUCAGGGAGGCCCGGGUCACCUGUAUUUACUGAAGAAUAAAGUGGCAACCUUUGCUAAGGUGGAAAAGGAGGAGGACAUGAGCCAAUUCUGGAGGAGACUGAGUCGCUUCAUGAGUAAGAUCAACCCAGAACCGAACCUCAUCCACAUAAUGGGAUGCUAUGUCCUGGGAAACCCCAACGGAGAGAAGCUGUUCCAGAAGCUGAAGAAUCUGAUGAGGCCUUAUUCUGUCGAAUUUGAGUCGCCGCUGGAGCUGUCGGCACAGGGCAAAGAGAUGAUUGAGAAGUACUUCGACUUUCGCCUCUACCGCCUUUGGAAGACACGCCAGCACUCCAAACUCUUGGACUAUGAGGAAUUUUUGUGACGAAGAAACCUGGAUAGCGGGUCAAGCUGAGCCAUCCAUUGCCACGGGGAACAAGUUAAAAACUGAUCCAAUGACUGAACUCUGCUUCACUGUAGUGCUCAACCAAGAAGCUCAAACUAAAUACAAAUACGAUCAUAUCUGCUUUCAUCCUGGAGAGGAAGAGGAGUGGCUGGACAAGGAGGCUGAAGAGAAACUAAAACAAUUUCUCCUCCUCAAUUUCAGAAAAAGGAUCAAGGACUUGCAUAAAAGGGCCGAAAAAAUAAACAAAAGAUGAUAGAGCAGAGACAUCUGGGCUGUCCAUGUCUACUUUGCCUCUUGAGCUUGAAAGCAAAAAGAGAAUUAAGAAUUCAAACUUGUAAAAAAGGUUAUGAUUUUGUCACCAAAACUGCUGAAAAUCAUCUGUCAUAAUGUGGUUCUGUGUUUUGACUGGACCCCUCAGAUAAUCUCAGAUUAUACAUAUAAAUUCAUCUGUUAUUGUGUGUGUGUAUAUAUAUAUCAUAUGAUUAUAUUAGCAUAGCUUUGGUCAUGCAAAUAAUACUCCAUAUGAGAAUAAUGAUGCAUCAUUUAUUUUUGAUGUGCAUUGUUGUGCAGUUUCAUAUGGAAAUACUUUGGAAUAACUCAGGUUUUAGCCAUAAAGUAAUUAAUCUGUUUGUCUUCUAUCAAGAUAUUGUAAUCUUCAUUGCCAUUGCUUGGAAUGAAUGCAUUCUCUCUCUAGAAAUGUAUCCUCAGUUUGAGAAAUUGAGCUUAAUGUUUUGGUUUGUAAAAAGAAAAAAAAGUACAAUGUGCUGAUUUUGUGUGUGAGUGUGCGGAUGUGGGUGUGUUUUUCCAUGUCCAAAAAAGUUACCAUGCAGAUGUACUGUGUGUAGUUUCUCUUUCUGCUUCUCGGCUAAAGCAAAAAUAAUUGUUCAUCAUCUUCAUCAUUCAAGUUCUCUCCCUCUGUCACAUUCAUACACAA